AUGUUGAGGGUGGGAUCAUGGCUGUCCGGCAAGAAGCCAGGCAGUGCUUCGACGCAAUCUCUCGAUUCCCUGGCUGAGGCGCAGGAACUUGAGAAUGCUAUGCGAGCGGCUACGUUGAUUUUAAACGAUGAUGUCGACGCAGCUGAGGCAGGUCUAGACAAGGGGAAUUCGUCCUACCACAAGCUUGGAAAAGGCGUCGUGGCAUUCGUGCGGGCUACAUUGGGGUUUGAGCAGGAGAUUAUGCGUCAGGCAUCGGAUCGACUCAAUGAGGCGGAGACAAGCGCAUGGAGCGAUCAGCACAGAGCAACGCAUGAUGCGAAUGCUCCGAAUGCCUAUCGGUCUGCCAUUUAUUCGCCCGGAGCAGAGUAUGCGCUCUGCCAGGCGAUGGCGCAACUCAUGGGUGCUGUCAUUGCGGUGCUCAAUGAGAGCUUGACUGAGAGCAUAAAGGGGUUUUACAAGCUGAGAAAGGCCUAUAUAACCCUUGAUGGUAUUCUACAGAUGGAGGAGAAAUACCUUCAGGAACGGAAAUCCAAAGACCUGACGGGUGCUGUCAGAGCAUCGCUUGAGAACCCCAAAACCGCACAGAGAUCGGCUACAUCCACCUUGGGAACAAAGGAACUAUCCGCAAAAUCGAGUCAGUUGUCCUUUUCUUCCAAACGAGCUCGAACCUUCCCUUUGAACUCGAAGAGAACAGACGCAUCCGCCAGAAGUUCCACUGAAGCAUUUCAUGAUGCGGAGGAGCCCGAAUGUUCCUCAGACUUACCCGGGAGACUAUCUGAUUUGGAUAUCUCCGACAAGGUUUCUGAGUCUCCAGCUUCGAUGGACUCUCUCCGCGGUAUACAUGAUGAUCCCGACUCGGACAUUUUCACCACCCCCAUUGACGUUUUCAUUCACUCCGGGGCUAAUCUGUGUUUUGGCGUUCUUCUCCUGAUCAUUUCGAUGGUCCCUCCAGCGUUCAGUAAGCUUCUUAGUAUCAUUGGUUUCCGCGGAGACAAACAUAGAGGCUUGCAGAUGCUGUGGCAGGCGAGCAAGUUCCAUAAUCUCAUGGGUGCCAUAGCAGCGUUGGCUCUACUGGGUUACUACAACGGUUUUGUUCGAUACUGUGAUAUCAUCCCGGAUGAGACGAUGGAUCAUGGUGAGGGCAUCGAAGGAUACCCCCGUGAGAGACUCGCUGCACUUCUUGCGGAGAUGAGAGAACGGUUUCCGAAGAGCCAGCUGUGGCUCCUCGAGGAGUCGAGGAUGCAUGGUGCUAACAAGAACCUGGAGGAGGCCGUGAAGAUGCUCUCUGAAGGGGAGCGUAGCCCGCUCAAACAGGUCGAAGCCUUGCGUGUGUUCGAACGAAGCUUGAAUGCUAUGUAUCUCCACAAGUACGAACUCUGUUCGCAGUCCUUCCUGGAGUGUGUCGAACUCAACUCGUGGUCACGGUCAUUGUACUAUUAUAUCGCUGGUUCCGCACAUGUUGUCUUGUACCGUCGCUAUCUCAAAAGCGACCCUUCUCUCGCGGCGAAACACGCGGAGACAGCGACCGAGCUCCUCCGCAAAGCCCCCACGCAGGCUGGCAAGAAACGAUUUCUGGCCCGCCAGCUCCCUUUUGAUGUCUUCGUAACGCGAAAGAUUGCCAAAUGGGAGGCGCGAACCAAAGAAUGGGGUGUCCCCCUCGUAGAUGCCGUGGGAGUGGACCCCAUUGAGGAGAUGAACUUCUUCUGGAACGGAUUCGGACGGAUGACCACUGAGCAGCUCGAGGACUCACUGCGUAACUUGGAGUGGUCUGAAAGCGAUGCCAAUAAGCACUGGCACCGAGAAGGACCCGACGAGAAGGCCAUUCUUGCUGUCCUUCGGGCUGCUAUUCUUCGUUCACAGCGUCGCCAUGAAGAGGCAAAGGAACUUCUAAGGAACCAGAUCCUCGACCAUGACCGGUCUCUCUUCAAAGGCCAUCUGAAAGAUGACUGGACCUGUCCAGCAGCUCACUAUGAGAUGGCUGCUAACCUGUGGAUGGAGCGACCGAGCUACAUUUCUUCACAUGGACCUGUUGGUCCUGCUAGUCCCAGUACCGCCGCGGCCUCUAAUACCUCACAGGAAGACGUGGAAGCCAUUGAGCGCGAGAAGGUUCGCGAGUGCAAGGAGUACUUGGAUAAAACCGCCAAAUGGGAGAGCUACGAACUCGAUGCGCGUAUUGGACUCAAGGUGACUGCUGGUGAAGAGGCGCUGCAAAAGUGGGAAGCUUCUCGUUCCACGGCUUCGACCACUGCCUAA